AUUGCAAAACUAGCCUUUAAGGAUCGCGGCAGCGCGCAUUUGUUAGGAAGGAACAGAUCACAAUGGACGCAGUUUCGCCGGGACGUCCCCAGCAAGCCCAAGCCGUCGCUUUGCUCGCCGCCUGCGCUGGCCGAGGCGGGGAAGCCCGGGGAAGCGGGAACUUGUGCAAGAGGGCGGGAGGGAUCGGCCUCCUUUAGGGGAAGGAGGGCCUGGGAGAAUUGGGCCGUGGCUUCGGCGGCAAUGUGCAAACAGCGGGGGACUGGAACUGCGCCGCAAGCCGUUAGGAGGUCGACCAGCAGACCCGAAGGCUGCGAUCCGGAGCGUGCUUACUUGGAUUAGCAGUUGCCACUGAAAUCAGCAGCCUUUACAAACUUUCCAGUAAGCACGGCAAGGACCGGAGUAGCCAGAAGCACCGGCAAAAAGCAAAAUAUGCUUGUCCGGCCCAUGUCAGAACAUUUUCUUGUCUGGAAAGCGGAGGAAAGGGCGGGAGGAAACAGGCCGGGUCGGGUGGCGCGUUUCGAUUGAAACUUUUGUUUGGAAGCUCUUUUGCUUCUGCUGGGCUAGAGACCGACGUCACUGCUUAAUCCGGGCAAUUUCUCUGCUGGUUAUCUGAAAACUUCAUGCAAAGCUUUUCUCUUCCUGCUCCGGGCCCUAAGAAGCUGAUCCUAAGUGCGGAUACUCAGAAGCAAGCGCCGCUGCGUUCAAUGGGGCUCACUUCCUGGUGAGUUAUAUGUAGCGUCGCAGCACAAGGCUGCAACCGUACAUUCCUUUCUUUGGCACGACUUUGCUCUGGAGUCUGUAUUUUCAGUGCUAAGCUGUUUCUUAGGAAAUGUGUACUAAUGACUAAAACCACCUUAGAGCCUUAUUUCUCUUCACUGAAAAAUCACAGCUAACCGUCCACCCCAGAAUUAGGGAGAAAGACUUGACCUGAACUUCCUCCCUCCCGUUUUAGGAGCCAAGGACCAGGGUCCUUGGCUUCAUCCUUUGGCCUGACACUCGCCACGCUUAAUUUCGCACCCUCUUGGGUAAUAACGGCAUUGCUGCAGAUUAACGCAAUUGUUGAUGAAUUAUUUCCACGACUUUCUCCAUCCUAUUUAAUUCUGUAAUGAAAUAAACAUUAGCUCUGUCCCUGUCAUGUGCUUUAGAGAUGGGGGACAUGUGGCUCUCCUGUUGUUGCUGCACUACAACUCCCAUAAUCCCUGACCGCUAGCUGAUGGAAGUUGGAGUCCAGCAACAACUGGAGGGCCACAGGUUUUCCAUGUCUCCUUUAGUUCUGGAGAACAGCGUUUAAAGCAGCGAGAGCCUACAUAGUGCUCCCUGGAUGGUUUGGACUGCAACUCCCAUUAUCCCCAUCAUUGACUCUCUGCUAAUUGGGGCUGAUGGGAAUUGUAGUCUGCAAUAUCUGGUGGGCACCACUUUGGCUACCACUACUUUAAAGCAUGUUGGGAAACAGAAUAGAUUGGAAUAGUUGCAUUAACACAGCUACAAUAAAUUGAUUUCUAGAGGUGCCAGCAUCUGUCCUUGAAAGAUGCCUUGCAUAUUGUAAGGGAAAAUUUCAACAGGUUCCACUUCUGUCAUUGCAGUGCAGCUAUCUGUUAAUUUAUCACUUCCACACUGCUAAAUCAGGGAAAUCGCUCUGGGGAAAUAAUUGGAAGUAAGAGUGUGUGUGUAUGGGGGGGGGGGUGUGCGGUCGCUCUGAGAGGGGACAGGUUUUUUUAAAAAAUGGCUCUUUUGCCAAAGAUUGGCUUCUUGCUUUUUGAAGGUUGUAACAGUGCCUAAUGAAAGAAUAAUAAGGAUAAGUUACACUUGAAGAAGAAAAUAAGGGGUCACAUGAAAAAAAGCAUUAGAGCUGUGGUGCUGUGCUGACUUGGGAGCAAGUCCCAUGGAACUCUGAGUAAAUGAGUUACACAUUCUGAGUAAAUGUGCAUAGGAUUGUACUGUGUCAAUUGUAUUCAUCCUGGCAUUUUUUAGUUGACUCCUCAUCCACAGUUCCUAGGGAAACUGUGCCCAGAUGUCAAGGAUGAAAGUGCUCUAGCUUCCUGUAGAUGGGUGGCAUGUCAUGCUGUUGUGAAUGAAGCUGCACCUGUUUUUAAAAAAUCACAUUUGCACAGCUGGUUAUCUGUAUCGGUUCCCCAUGUGUAAAAUGCCAUGGAAAUACCUGGCAUUGCCUGUGUGUUAGGGAUGGGGAUUUGGUACUCAAAGAUCUUUAAUUUUUCUAUUAAACUUAUCUUGCUAUAUUGCUUGCAAAGAUCUAAUAUUCUUUUAUUAAGAUGCAUUUAUGUGGUUCUAAAGAGGAGGCAAAGAACUCUAAUAGUACAUGAAAGAUGUAGAAACUUCAAAACGCAAUCAGUUUCCCCACGUUGUCUUUCAAACGUCCAUUCUUCCUUCCUAGUUUUAUCAGCUUUGGGGCCCAUUAUAUGCCUUAAUAUGCCACUUAAACAGCCCAGCUGGGGAAGGUGUUGUUCUGCCCUCAUUUAUGCUCAGUGCCUCAAGUACAGCUUCUGCUAUUUCCUUCAUCUGGAUGGAUUUUGCGUGUGCACUGGUUCUUCAGCGUUUUGCUCCUCUCCCUCCAUUUCUUCACAGGGGCUGCCUCUCUCCUCCAUCUUCCAUUUCAAUCCCUUGCGGUGGCACCGGUGCUCGUUUGGCUGGCAAGUCAAAACAUGCGCAGCCCCUGGCAAUGUGACACCAGAAGAUGGCUGGGCCACAGGAGCUUGGGGACCCUCUGGGGGAGGGUGCUUUGGAGGCUGAGGCACCUGCUAGUUCCUGCUUGGCUGGCAACAGGCUCAACUUAGACGUCUACCCAGAGGGCUGUCGCCUAUUCCUCAAGCUGUAUGAGAAGAGAAGGGAAGAAGUGGAGCAGGUGGAAUUCUUGAGGCUGAGCUGCAAUGAGGAACUUAUCACUUCCACACUAAGCACCAUUCCGGUCCUGAAGGGCUUAAAAUCUCUUGUACUCAAAGGUAAACUGCAUGCUUCUUUUCUCUUUCUGUCUUUUGACCGACUGUUUCACUUUUUAAUUUAUAUUUCUCCCCUUGGUUUAGAUUAGCUUUUAGGUUUCCUUCCCCGACCAAGCCCAUCAAAAUGACCUUAGGUCACUGUUCUCACAAAGGUGCACAAUGGUCUGACUCUGCUGCAAUCCUAUGCAUUUCCCCACCUCAGAAGUAAGUCCCACUGUGUUCAGUGGGGCUUACUCACUGCCAGGAAAGUGCAUGGUACAGUCCAAAACCUCAAACCUAUGCACGCUUACCCAGGAAUUGAGCAUGGUGAGAUUUACUUCUUAGGAAACCUGCAAUGGGUGGGUCUGCACCCUCUUUUGGGAAUGGGCCUGUUGUGUUUACUCAUAUGUAAACCCACUGUUUUCAAUAGGGCUUUCUCUUGUUGGAAUGGACAUGGGGCUUUCAUUAUCUUUGGCUGAACAAAAGUCAGGUUUUCCUACUGUAUUCCUUCUGACAUUUGGCUUGGAACAGACCUUGUUUCAACAGUGAAUGAAACGAGACUGCUUUCUGAUCUUUAGCUGUAGAAUGGGGCUUGCAGAAGUGAAAAAUGAUGAUGACAGUUCCAUAUCUGUCAAAAUGCAGAAAGUGCCAAAUUGGGACAGUAGCUUCCCUUUUUACAGUAGAGAUGAUUAUAUUACAGUAGAGAUGAUUUACUUUGUGUCUAUGUAGCAACAUGAAAAAGCUUUUGGAUAGAUAUUUACUCUGAUUUUUAUAUGUCUCAUUUAAGCUGAGGGGGUCCUUUUCUUCUUCCUGUGAUUCUCUCUUCAUCACCCACUUUUUAUUCUCAUGCCACCUUCCCAUAAACGGAAAGCUCUGUCCUCUUGCUCGUGUUGGGAAUGAAAUGGGCAGGCGACAGAAUUCUUCCAUGUUGUGGGAUUUUUAAAAUACCCGUCAAAAGCACAGAAGGCAGGGGGUUCGAUGUUGUGCUGUUUGCCUUUGCCUUCCUCUACCGAAGUCUAAGGGUCCCCACCCCCUAGCCAUCUGUAACAUGUGCACUAGAUUUGGCCUGAAGUCCUAACCAUAUUUACUCCAAAGUAAGUUCCAUUGGAAUCUGUGGGGCUUACUUCAGGUUAUGCAUACAUAGGCUUGCAUGGUUUUUUCAGAACAAUAGGAAAAAGAUCAGGCUGCAAAUUGAUAACCAUGUUGAAAUCUACAAGGCACGUUAUAUUGGCUAACACGUUUAUGACAACACAAGCUUUUGUGGACUGGAGUCCACUCCAUCAGAGAACCUGUAAGGCAUCACAAAAUACACCCCCCCCCCCCACCAAAUAGUAUGGGAAACAGCCCUACUAGAAAAAUUAACUAAUAAACUGAAACUGACACGGGGACAAACAGAAGAAGACGCCUUCACCCCGGUAUGGCUCCCCUUUAUCACAUACACAGCCCAACAGGACAAUGACAAUAAUCCACCAACAGCAUACAAAUCAAUAUGGCUAACCUGAUCCAAAACACCCACCCACCUCACUCACACAUGAAAACAAAGAUCACCACAGCCAAUCACAAGCAAACAAUCACACCCUAGGCCAACCCCAACCUCUCUCACCACCAAAGGAACACAAGUGAACAACACAAGCAACGCUGACACCAAACUCUACAUACAUUAAACAUAAUAGAAACACCGCCACCCGACCCCACCCCCAUCCAUCUUCCCUCUCUCCACCCCCCCUUUCUUUUUUCUUUUUUUUUCUUCUCCCCCUAAUGCCUCAACAAAUGAAAUGGAUUUGUAAAAAUGUUACAUGAAAAAAAAAUACGAGGCACUACACUUCUGUAAAACAAGAAAAUCCUUAAUAAAAUAUUUUUAAAAAAACAAACCAAAAAAACACAAAAUACACCCCCCCCCCCAACUUGUGGCAAACUAUCUUGGCUACUCUUUGCCUUUUGAAAUUGGUGUGGCACUCCCUUUAGGAAUAAGCAUGUGUGCCUAACUCUUGAACUGUUUUGAUCUUUUUUUUGUUUCAAGUAUCUACAGCAAAAACAGCAACUGUAGCUUUCAUUAAUGCAUCUAAAUUAAUACAGUUUCAGCUGGCCAACCUAUUAAAAACCUAGGUUUCAUUAGAACAGGUAUUUAUAAUAACCAGUUUAUACUGAAUAUAAGCAACAGUAGCUGUGUGUGUCUCAUGCGCAGCUGCAAGCUACCAAUCUUGUUGCUUUAUUAUCGUUGUUAUUAUAUUGGACUGAAAGCUAAGGGGCCAAAAAAGACACUUCUUUGUGAGUGUAGCAUGUUCAUCACUCCUGCUGUAGCCCUGAAAGCAAAAAAUCCAGACCCACUUCCACUGACAGUUAUCGGGUUCCUGUAGUCCCUUCAUGCCCCAAAUCCUUCAGACUUCUUGUAUUUUCCAAUUAUCUCUGUUCAGUCUUCCAUAUUGUUGCAUUGGAUAGCCAUGUGCUUAUAUGAGGCUAGUUAACGGAGAUCCUUGCAACGAGACUUUCUCUUCCUGCAUUUUCCUGGCCUGCAGGUGGACACACUAGAGAUGAAAUUGGCACUCCCCAGAGAGGGUUGGUGGCAUCAUUGCCGCAAGAGCUGGGGGAGCUAAGCCACCUUGCUCACCUGGAUCUGGGCUUCAACAGCUUCAGUGCUCUGCCUCCCUGCAUCACCAAGCUGGGCAGCCUCAGGAGCCUCCUGGUGAGUCACAACAGCCUGCAGGGGCUGCCCGAGGACUUUGGCCAGCUCAGCAACCUCACUUUCUUCUCCGCCAUGAAGAACCAGCUCCAAGGUCUGCCGCAGAGCAUAGGGGAGCUGGCAGCACUAGAAACACUGGACCUCUCUGAAAACGCACUGGAAUCGCUUCCUGAAGAGAUUGGAAACCUGCAGAGUUGCACAGAGCUGGAUCUCUCAGGGAACCUAUUAACAGGAAUACCUAGCUCUCUUGGUAAGUUGUUCCCAGUUGCAAGAGAAAGGGAGUAAAUAUUUUAAGAUGCAAUUUGAGACUAAACAAAUUACGAGAUUAAGGCUACGACACGUUCAGGGUCACAUGGCAUAGCUGCAGUUUUCCUGUGCAAUUGUUAGGAAGUAAGGCUCAUUUAACUCAGCGGGGCUUACUUUCACAGAAUGAGCUUAAAUUAGGUCAUUUUUGAUGAAUGGGAAUACAAAAAAUGCAAAUAUUUAAUGAAACAUAUAUAGACCUCUUCUCAGUAGCUGUUCUCAGAGUGGUUUACGAUACAACUUUUUAGGAAACCCAGUAGUUAUACAAUCUAAAAUAUUUAAAGUUGUUAAGAUUUGCAAUGGGAAACCCAGUCAGAUGGGCAAGGUAUAAAUAAUACAAUCGUUGUUGUUGUUGUUGUUGUUGUUGUUGUAUUCAGGCUGAAGCAAGGCACAGUCUUUGUAGCAGCACUGUCACGUUACUGAUAACCAGAGUCCUGACUAAACAGGAAAACUUUUCUGGCCACUGUUUCAGAUUUGGCAAGUCUGCAGCUGGUGUGUGUUGUAUAGCUGCAGAGGGAUCCACUACUACUGAUGGUGGUACCCACAUAAUCAGGAUGUAAGUGUAUUAUAGCACAAAGGGAAGGAACCCUUUUUUAGCUUAAGGGCCAUAUUCCCCAAUGGUCCACAUUCCGGGGGCCGCAUGACAGUGGUGAGCAAGGCUAGAGGCAAUGUGGGUAGAGCAAGUGAUUUGACUCUUUGUACAAAAGGCUACGUUCUAGCCUUGCAAAAAUCAAAGGGAUUUUACAUGCACCUCCAUACACACACCUCUUCACUAUUGAGGUGAGCUACAAUGCCAAGGGAAUACUAGGAUUAAGCCUGACUCCCCCUGACCUUUGCUAAUUAGAUUAUUUAUUACAUUGUGUUCCUCGAAUACCAGGCACGUCCCUUUUGGCUAGUACGAGAACCUUUCUAUGGUAAACGUUUAUGGUAUGAGUAUGCUGUAUAAAUUUUAUAUCUAUCUAUCUGUGCAUGUAUGUAUGCUUGAGGACUGGUUUUUAUUGUGGUGGAAGUAAGCAAGACCCCGAGUUGUUUUCUUUUUGGUUAUAGGGGAUUUGCAAAUUGUGAAUGGGGGAGAGUUGCUUGCAUAUAAGGAUUUACAAAGUGUAGGCUGAUUCUCUCUCUUUCCCACUCCUGCUCUGACUUGCAGGCAAUUUGCAGUCUCUGCGGCAGCUACAUCUUCACAGCAAUCUUCUGGUGACAGUUCCUGCAUCCCUGGCCGGCCUUCACAACUUGUCCAGGCUUGAUCUGCAAAACAAUAGGCUGCGCAGCAUCCCCCCAGAGAUCCAGAGCCUCCCCUUUGUGCACCUCCGUGGUAAUCCUCUAGGAGAGCCAGAGGUGCCACUGCAACCAGGUUAAUUGCUUUUCUUCUGUCUGAUUUGUUUAACAGCUGCUCUAACUGGCGACAGUCAGAAGCUGCCUUGUGAUCUGUGUGGCUGGUGCAGAAGGUGCAGCUCUGUGUUUUUUGUGAGAUGUGUGUAGACACAUCUGAAAUUGCAGCCCUUACAAUAUGAAGGACUGAUUGAAAGACCACCUGGUUGGUUUUCACAGGCAGCUGAGCCCCCUUCAGUCAUUCUUCUCCAUCCCAUCAAAAUUGCCUGGAUAGAAAAAGUUGGGCUUUGCCCUUAAGCUCCGCUGCUGCUGCUGUGUCCUCUCCUGGCCCUUUCCCCACCAUCCAGGGAGCCUGCCCUAUGAGUAUAAGCUUCUCAUGUGACCCAGAUCCAGGGCUUUUUUUCAGCUGGAACUCACUGGAGCUCAGUUCUGGCACCUCUCAGCUGGGAGCCAUUGCCAUUCUAAGAGAACAAGGGAGGCACUCACGGUGAGUUCCAGCACCUCUUUUUCUAGAAAAACAGCACUGCCCAGAACUACAUGUGAACAGGGAGUAAAUCAUGUGGGGAGCGCAUUUGCCUACAGCAUGCUUCCUUCUUCAGACCUUCCCAGCCAAUGCAUGGGGAGUGAGGGUUGAGGGGGGCAGCAAGCUUGGCCCUGCUCCUCCCCUCACAUUACUGCGACUACAAGAGGGCACAUCAUCCGAAGUGGACUCAGAUUCAGCUCAAAAUGAGGCACUGCUGAAAAUAAGAGAAGGCUGCUAAGAAGGGUGGGCAGACCUUAAAGCCAAAAGAGAGACCAAUUUGAAUGCAAAUUGCCUUAAAUUUUCCUGGGUGUUUCUCUCAGGCACUCUAAAGCCAGGUUUGUGGUGGGUGACUUUGAAGCAAAUGGGUUCAUUCACUGGUGACUUUACUUACAGUCGCUGAUAAAUGAAAAUCGCCAUUACCCUUAGACAGGCGUUGCUUGUGAAUGUUACUUUCUCAUAGGACGGGGGUCACCAAUCUGGUGCCCACAAAGACUUUCAUGGGUACUUCAGGGCAGAUGUCCCAGUCUCUGAGUUUUCAUGUUGAAAAAGGAAAGUCAGUCUGUAGCCCUCUUAGAAAAAAAGUUGUGAGGUAAAAUGGGCAGGUGCCUUCCAAGCAACAUCUGUGGCAUGCGAGUGAAUCUGGUGUGGCACUUUGUAUAUGUUCCUGGUUCUGAGGGGUGCUCCCUAUUGCUAUAGACAGCAGCCACAUCCCUCUGUGUGUGUAAGUAAAACCUAUAUAGCAUGACAACGUCUGUAAUCAUGACCAGCAGAACAUAGCUGUCUUCCCAUGGUUAGCAUAAAGUUGUCAGGGAUGGCUGCCUCUCUAAUUUUGUGUAGUGCAUUGCAGCCAUUUUGUUUUGCCCUGCUCUGCCAACAGCUAUUUUGUGACUCUCUCAACAUUUGAAAUGUGCCCACCAAUCCAUAAAUGUUAGUGACCCUGUCAUAGGUUUUAUUUUGAAAUUCUGGUGGGAGUUCAUGUCAUAGAAAUCAUGGUUUAAUAUUCAAGUGGUGAAAUAUCUGGGGCUGGCCCUGUGGGAACAAGGCACCACCAACAACAAUUUUAUUAUUUAUACCCCGCCCAUCUGGCUGGAUUUCCCCAGCCACUCUGGGCAGCUUCUAUCACAUAUAAAAACAUAAUAAAACAUUUGACUAAGCCAUUUGUCUUCAACGGGUGGAGCAGGACCCACCGCUGGUUUGAGAGCUAAUCAAAGGGGAGUCACAACAGUAGCCCUCCCACCAUACAAGUAUAUGAUAAAGAAAGAAUUGAGGCCCAAGUGCAUGUUUUUGGUUUGAAAAAGUUGAAGACUACUAUACUCAUUCCUACAGAAGCACUUAACACGUUCUGUUUAUAUUCAUGUAAACUUUGUUUUCUGACUUGUUGCAGACUCAAACUCAAGGCCAGAAAAAUUACAAAGACUAUUCCUUGAAGCUGGUGAGGAUAGGUAUUUCACAUACUUUUUUUGGCCGGUGUCUUUCUGUACUAUCGUCAUGUCAGAGUAUCUUCCUAAUUCACUUUUGGCAUAAUAUUCUCCUUGCUUCCCAUGGCUCCUGGGAGGGAGGGAUAUACAUCUAAUACUAAUAAUAAUUAAUUGUACUGUGAUGCCUUGUUCAGUUGUUGAUGCAGGGGUAGUUUCUGUGGGUUAAUCAUCCCCGUUUUUUUACAAAUGAGCCAAGCUGGAUUUCUAAAAAGAAACUGGUUGCAAGUUAACUAUCAGUGGCAAACUCACUGAAGGGAGCAGGGCAGGCACCGCCAAGUAACAUCUCAAAGCAGCACUGCGGGACAUGGGUCUUGGGUCCCUGUUUCUUAUGGGACUCUUGAGUGUGGAACAGCGGCCACUGUCUUUGCUGUUGUUGGUCAUUCUGCAGUCGGAGUGCCAUCACUGUUUUAAUCUUUGGGAUGUUAAGAUUGCUACUAGUCCAGUAGUAGCAAUCAUCACCAGAUAAGCCUAGAGGGGGCUCAUACAUCCAAGGGCCAAUGGCCCCCUCAUUCCUGGAGCCUGCAAGUGGGACCUCUGCAUACCAGCCCUGAAAGAGGAAAAAAGCCAGGAAAAUAUCUGAGAAUAGCAAGGAUAUGCUUAGUUUUAGUUUCUUAUUUUACUUGACACUUUUAUAUCCCACCCAUCAACUUUGCAAAAACAGAGUGGCCAACAAUAUGCCAUAUCAAGAAAAAAUUACAUCAAGUAGCAGUGUUGGGAAAACAUUUUUUUUUAAAUGAUAUUUAUUGAAAAAGGAGUUUUUUUUAAAAAAAAUUACACAAAGGAAAAAACAAGACAGAAAAAAUAAAAUAAAAUAAAUAAAUAAAAAGAAAACCAUCAUUCUCCAAUUCUCCACUUUCAAUACCUUCUUUCCUUGACCUCCUCCUCCUCCCUUUUCCUGUAUCCUGUUUUAUAAUAAUCACAGUAAAUCCUUUCCAUAAUUCAUAGUAUUCUGUCAUCACAUUACCUUGAUCUAUUUUCAUCUUAUCUUACAGAAAACCUUAAAGUUUAAAACGUAAAUCUUAAUUUUUACCAACUUCUCCUAAACCAUAACAUUCUUACCUAGUUCUUUAGACAUUUUUAUAAGAGCCAAAUAGUUUCAUUUCAACAUUUUCCUAACAUUCAUCAAUUUUAUAAAACAGUCCUAAUGAUAAGAAUAAAAGAAAAAAGCAAUCCAGUCUUCAUCCAACGUCACUUCCUCCUGGUCCCGGGUUUUGUCAGUCCUUUUUAUCCUAUUAAUCUAGCACAUUAACCUGGCAAUCUUAUAUCCGAGGCCCUCAAGUCUCUUCCAUGUCCCUUUUGUACCUCUUCUUUAUAUUUCCCUUUUAUUCGUGGGAACUCCAGCUUGAUAGUGUUUUUGACCCUUUUCAGCAAGACGAUCCCUUUUCCAUAGUCCAGGAUAGGCUCGAUGUAGUAUUUACAAGCAUGCUCCAGAUUCCCAUCAAAGUUGGGAGCCCCCACAGCUCCAAACAUUUGACGGCCCCUUUCCAGACUUGAAAAGUCCAAAUCUCCCUGUAAAGGGGGGGUCUAUCCAACCCCCCAUUUGUUGGGAAAACAUUUUCACCUUGUGCCCAACUGAGGCCAAUGUGGGGAGACAAUCAAAUUCCAUUCGGGAGGGGGUGUCAUAAUUAGCUGCAAGGGGGCACCACCAAGAAUGCCCUGUCUUCUAUCAUUGCCCACCCAGCAGAAGCUAAAGUUGGAAUAACAAACAGCUGAUCCCGAGCAAAUCUUCAUAGAUGGGUAAGGCUGAGGCAGUACUGGAGGAAGUGCUCUCCUGGGUACUUGGAUCCCAAAUGGUUUAGGGCUUGUAUUGGGUCUGGAAUGUCACAAGUCACAAGUGUAAGGGAUUUGAGUACCAGAGUAAAGUGAUUCCACCCUCCCCCCCCCCCCAAUAACAGCCAGGUAGUUGCAGUUUCCAAACUCUGCACUCAGACGUGGCUAGGAACAGCCAUAUCUGAUAGUCAUUCAGUCAUCCUCCAAAUAUUCUAGAAAUGGAACCCAGAUGCUUUUGAAGGUGAUGAGACUAUCUGAUCAUUUGGAGCAAUUAUCCAAAACUCAGUUACCACAAUCAGGGUCCCAGGGAGAGCAGGGAAGGCCAUGGGAUUGGAGUAAUCUGGAGUCUGGAUGCAGCUAAGCGAAACACAGUGUAGCCAAGCCUUAGAACUGUAUCUAGAAUUCUGACAGUCUAUAGAUAUUUAUAACUCAGAACUUUGGAGUAAAGAGGACUGUAACGUUGUAGAAACAUCCGUGCUUCUCUUUGUAUCUUCUAAGCUUUACUGUGACCCCUGAAGGCUGCAGAGUUUUCCUAGCUUGUGGUGUCCAGUUUUGCUUCCCCUUGGGUGCCACCACCACUUCGGUAACUAUCCACUUCCAAAAGCACUCCCCUGACCCCCAGUGGGUAAAGCUGAAGGACCAUGACAUCCUGCUGAGUGAAGUCCUGGAGCUGCAGCCUCAUGAGAUUCAUUUCCAGAAGGUAAGAAGAGCUCAUGAAGUCAUAAAGGAGUUUAGGCUAGAACUGCGCUAAUUCCCCCAAAUCUUUCAACUUGGGCACUGGCAUGGGGGAAAAGAAGAAGAAGACUGGCCUGCCAAAAAGUGGCCACUGAGAACCCGGUGUAUUAAAUGUGAUAAUGGCUGGGUUGCUUGCAAAUCACCCUUUGUGGCAUUUAGGCUGCUGCCAAUGAGGUUCAGCUUAAUCAAAUGCGAGUUCCAUCAGGAAAAAUGCCCCAGGACAACCAUUCUGCUUGUGAGAUAUGUAGAAUGUGGGAAUAAGAUAAACAGAGUUCUAGUUUGGGUAGGACCUUUCCUUUUUUUAAAAAAACAACAACAGCUGAAAAGGUAUUUAAUAAUAUAAUCCCUCCCCUUUGCCAUAUGUUUUAAGAAUAGUAAAACAAUUAAGCACAUUAUAAAACCUACACAGAUUUGCAUGCAAAUAUUAUGAAACAACCAGGAAUUCAAAUAAAUUAGCCAUUACAUGUUAUUCAUUUACUUAGACUGAAGGCUGAGGGUGACAGACUAUAGGUGCUAAAAAUGAAUUGCACUAAAUAAAUGUCAUCAAAGUUCCCAUCUCUCUGGCUGUUUAGCCCUGGCCCCUGAAACUCAGCAAUUGUAUUCUUGCAUGUUGUAUGCAUUGCACCUUCUGUGCUUUGCAAUCACUGUUGCGUGCAGCAUCCCCAGUUAAAGAAGCAGUGCAGGUCUGAAGGUUGGCUGGAAGUGUAUAGAAGUUCUUUUUCGGUUCACCAUGCAAUAAAACCGAUCUCUUACUACUAGCAUGUCUGUGAGCUAUGUGGGAACUGCUGCGUUUUCCCCAAUCUUGACGCUGUAAUAUGCAACCUUCCAUGCUGUUGCCCUCUCCGCUUCCUCUUUACGAGGUACAGCAGAAAUGAGACACACUAACAACCUUCACUUGCUCUCCACGUCCUCCCCAAUGGCUGUCGGCUCCUGAGGUCCUUCUCUUGCUCCCUGGAGUUAUGGAGAUGUUUCCUUCUCAGUGGUUAACUCAUGGAAACUGUCUUGUUCCGUCUUGUGUUCUUCAAGGAGGUGCUGAUCUGGCUGCCAUAUGCCUCCACGCAGUACCUGCAUGACCGUGAGAUUGUAAUUCGAACCUUCAGUGGGCAAAAUUGGAGUGACUUGAAAACCAGAGUGGAAUGGAAAGAAAAGCCAAAGGUAGGCCACGAAGUGCAACGGGUUGUAAAACAUGCCAGUUACCUCACUUCUCAGCAAGUUCUUCCUUGCAUCAGUUGGGUGCCAUAUUGAAUUCCUGCUGGAAGCUUGGAGGGAGGGCUGAGCUGUAACCUGCAGCUGCUUUCUCUUCAGUUUUGCCAUGUGUUUUCCCCUAGAGAUUGUAAUGCACAUCACCCACUCCGUUAACUCAUUAAGGUCCUGCACCUAGGCAUGCUAAGUAAGUCUUAUACUUGGUUUUAUUUGCAACUGAGAUGGGUGGCCUUUCACAGAGAGCCAGCAUAGUGUUGUGGUUAGGCAGGGGAGACUCAGGUUCAAAUCUCCACUCAUUGGUGAAGCUCAGUAGGGGCCAGUCACUGUCUUCUAAACCCAACCUACGUGACAAGAUUGUUGUGAGGAUCAAUUGAUAGGGCAACAAUCAUGUGUGCCACUUUGAGCUCUUUGGCAGAAAAGUUGGUUAUAUGUGUAGUACCGUUAGGAAUUGCACUCUCAUUUGUUGGCCUCUCUGUUCUGUGUACUGCCAAAGAGAGAGAGCUUUUAAGGGAAAGUUCCGUAAGUUAGUAGGUCUGUCAAACACAAAUUGGACAAAUUCAGAUGUGAUGAUUAUGAAUGAUCAACAUGCUUGAGCUAGUUAUUUCUGUGAGUCAGCUAGCUGUUUCAUCAUCUGAACCAGCACGCCCAGAUUGCAGAGGAGAUGUCCUAGUUUUCUUAAAACCAGAGUUUCCCGGUUUGAAUGCCGCAGGGAACUCUGGUUUAAGAAAGCAGGAAGUCUCUUCUGAAGCUGGGUGUGUGAGAUGAGGAUGAAGGGGCACACUCAAGCUUGUUGCUCAUUAUGUACAACCCAACAGGCUAUGGCCUGUUGUUGGAAGUGGCCCUGUUACAUUUGAGCCAGGCCAGUUCGCGGAUAUUUGUAAGGAGUAUAAGACCUGCGCUCAUUUUCAGUGCCUGAUUCCCUCUGUUUAAAGUAUUGUUGCAUGUUACAAUGGUGCCUGUCAUUCCUUCCACACCCUCUGACAGAAGCAUGUGGCCUGCUGCAGCGUCCCUCACUUCUCCUGGUUCUUGGUUGUCUCUCGACUUGUGGAGAAUGAAUGCAGAGUCCCUCAAGAGGGAGCCUUGCUUUUUUCAACUGUCGAUCCCAACAUCAAAGUGACCUUUCCCCCUGGCGUGACUGAGGAGACGAGGACAGUGAAGCUCCAGGUAAGCCUCUGCCCAGGAAGCCUAAAGAGUCCAGAAAUGUAUUCAAAGAUUGGAGAUUUAAUUUUUUUUAAGACCUAUUCCAGUCAAGUUGCACAGUUUAGGUCAUGAGUGCCUUAAUGUUGCCCUGGUGUUAUAAAAUCAAAAAGACAUGCCCUGAAAGAAUUUUGGAAGCUCCUAUUUGACUUAUACAGUCACUGCUCAAAUAAUUACUUUUAGGAAUAAAACUAUUGACACCUGUGGCUGGAAUCUUUCCCAAUAUUGCUUCUGAGUGCAGCCUUUUCCACAGUGUUAGAUCCCUUCACUUUCAGGACCAUUUUUUCAAGACAUUGAUAGCUGCUGUGGGAAGAAUGGUCUACAAAGUCCAUUGCUUGUGUAGGAAACCCCCACACUACCUGAUGGAGCCAAUUCCCCCCCUUUUUUUAAAUGUUCAGGUGCUGCCCGUGUCUUCAGAGGACCUACAGGAGAUCACAAAUGAUCCUGAGACGGUUGCUAGCCCCCUCCUCUGCCUCUCCCAGAAUUCCAGCAUCGACUUCCUUCAGCCUGUACAAAUUCAGCUCCCUCUGCCCCCAGGAGUCACAGGUAGGUUUGAUCUAGAAAUUCCCUCAGCAGAAGGGUUUUGACAGAACUGUUAAUGCUUCCUUAGAAUUACCACACCUGAAUUUCACAGGCUAGUUAAAUUUGCAGAACGUUGCUACAAUUAAAUGCGCUUUCAAGCUGGACAGUUAAUCUUCUGUUGAGGAAAUUGGGUUGUGCAAGUAUAGUGCACUAUAACACACUGAACUGCAAGGUGCUCUUGUUUAUUCUGGGUCACGCCGCCCCAGUCAUUUCACAAUUUCACAUGUUCCAUUGAUAAUCCAGUGCCGAAGGCCUUCUGGUGGUUCCCUCAUUGCGAGAAGUGAGGUUACCGGGAACCAGACAGAGGGCCUUCUCGGUAGUGGCACCCGCCCUGUGGAACGCCCUCCCUUCAGAUGUGAAGGAAAUAAGUAGCUAUCUUAUCUUUAAAAGACAUCUGAAGGCAGCCCUGUUUAGGGAAGUUUUUAAUAUUUAAUGCUGUAUUGUUUUUAACACUCGAUUGGAAGCCGCCUAGAGUGGCUGGGGAAACUCAGCCAGAUGGGCAAGGUAUAAAUAAUAAAUUAUUAUUAUUAUUAUUAUUAUUAUUAUUUAUUAUUGGAACAAAACCUCAUCCAUCCUGAUUAUGCACUGAAUAUAGUUUGUCCUUGAGGUCUGUAGAUAACAGCAUAUUUUUUUUGGUCCACAGGUCUGACCCUGGAUCGCUCCAGGGUGCAUCUGCUGCACAGUGACUGGAAUGCUCAGAACUGGAAUGACAUCACCAGUCAGGUGGUGCUGGAGUUCACCCACCUCUAUGCUUUGUUUGAAGUCACACACUUCUCCUGGUGAGUUGACCCAGGAGGCACACUUCAUAUAUCUUCCUGGGCCAGCAAGAAGAGAAGGUUCCAUCCCUUCCUGCCAUCCAUACACAUUAUAUAUAACAUAAGAACUGGGAGCUCCACAAAGAAGAGACCAUAUUCAUCCAGUUGUUUUCUCUUUCCUCUGAACAAGGGGUGGGAGUGGGUAGUCAACAGUAAGAUAACUGUUUAGUAUUCUUUGUUAAAUGGUCCUCGGUUCCUGCUUCUCCACCAGGCAAGAAGGAUCAUAUUGGGCUUAUAUGAGCCAGGCUGCAGAUCUGAUUCUGGUUCUUACUGAUUUCCUGCAGUGUAUACUUGAACGUAGUCCAACUCAGGCUAUUUGUGUCUUUCUAGAACAUUUAGCAAAGAAUACAGACACAGAGGAAUGCAAUCUUAUAGGUACCAGGUGUGCUGGACAAAAUUUAUAGUAUCAUAAUGGCUUGUUCAUGUUGCUGAUUCACUCAGACAUGGAGAAUGUGAGUUGAUCACAUGAAGGCUGGCUUUGUAUCUGCAGGGAAGCAGUUGUGCUGAUGCCUCAUGCUUCACAGCAAACUCAAAUGCACCAUGGCACUUGAUCCAUCUGCUUUUAGAUGCUUUGCUGCGGAAUAGUAGAUACUGGGAUUGAGUUCAGAGUUGUGCUCAGGGUGAAGAAAUUGCAUAUGCAUUUCAUCAUGAACGCUGAUCAGCACAGGCACAUUCAACUCAUCACGCUAAGUAUUGUCUCUGAGUUGUACCUUGUGGAAUGAUCAUGUUUUGUUUUGUAUGUGUAUUCAAUAAUGAGAUUCACAGCUUCUUCCUUUUCCUCAAUCACACAUCAUUUCCUUGCUUUUGGCAGGUAUUUAAAUAGGUGAAUCAGAUUGCCCCUACUGGGGCGGGUCUGUUUUCUGUAUCAUCUGUUCAGUUUUCCUUUGACAUAGAAGUGCACUUGCACACCUCCAUAUGUUUCUUCUCGCAUAGAGAAACAGAACUUUGCACUCAUGCCACCCCCAUUUGCAAUAUAUGUGCUCACAAGCGAAAAAAGCAAACAAAUCAAAAUGAUUUUGCAAAUCCCCACUCUUUCCCCCAGGUACUGGUUGUGGUGCACCACCAAGACCUAUAUUGGUGGCUUUGCCAAAUAUGUCUAUAAAAGGUUGCGCAUGUACCAGGUGAACUUCAUAGCUCUGCAGAGGAAGAAAGAUCCUGAGCAAGUCUUGCUGCAGUGUGUCCCAAAGCACAAGGUAAAUUGUUCACUGUCCUGGUUUUGUGUGUGUACAUGCGCAUGCAGUAGUGCACAUCCGCUUGUGAUCUGCAAGCAUGAAAUGCAGCCAAGAACUUAUCUAUGUUUAGAGCAACUCGUAACCCACCAAACUAAACACAGCCCUCUGGUCACCAGGGGAUCAGUAAGUCACCUGCUGUUGCUCUCUUCCUGGAUUGCAAAAAAAAGAGGAGGGCACGAGUUGUGCAGGACUGGAGCAGAAGCUGUGCUCACUAGCAUGAGCUAUAUAAUACAUGAAAUCCAGAGAGACCUUUCUGGGUUUGAAGCGGGGUGGGUGGGAACCAGCUGGUUGUGAGUAGAGCCUUCUCCUAUGAAUACUUGAGAUUGGCUUUGUGCAUUCUUUUAUGAUGGGCUUUAGUUGAAGUAAGAGCAGCAAGCAUGGCGAGAGCAGGAAACAUUGGCUAGUGCAAUCUAUGGUUUGCUGCAGCAGGGUGAACGAGGCCAGCUUAGGUGGUCAGCUUGGCAUGAGUCCUCAUAAUAGGGGUAACAGAAGCAAAUAAAGCAGCAAGAAUGGCUGGGGUAGUGCAGCAGAAGCUACCCUUUCAACACUGGGUGUCGCUGCCGUUUGCAAAGGAUGGGUGUGGCAGUGAGUUCAGGGUUUUAUGGGUGCACUAGUGCGCCCAGUCUGGUACCCCUGCUGGUGUGCCCAUGCAGCCCAGACCUUGGUACUGGCCUGGCAAGUGGGGUCAGGAGGGUGGUUCUGCAGCACUGCACCAGCUGCUCCUGCAUUUACAAAGCUUCUCCCUCGGAAACCUUCAUCCUCCCAUUGAAACCGCACACAGAGUAAUGAAAUGACUUGGCCCUGUGAACCCCCAAGAUCUAUUUCUUUAAAAAUCUCUUCCUGGAUGUCUUGUAGGUUGAUCCUGUUUUGAAAAGGCUCCACGACAGAUACCGAGGCCCUGAGCCAUCGGACAUGGUAGAGAUGGUUGAAGGGGAGCAGUUCUUUGCAGCCUUUGAACGAGGCAUCAGCAUUGAUGCAGGUAAAGUGCAGCAGAGCCCGCUUGUGUAAAUACCCCUGAAGAACAAAGGGACUUGGCCCUUGCCCGCCAUCCUCAAAUCUGUUGACACAAAGGGGUCUUAUGAAAGGAGGCUUUUUCAGGGCUCAGAAGUGAUUGUGCAGCCACAAGCUUAAGUCAGACGUGCUAAUAAACCUACAACCCUUACCAGCUUGCACCUUUUAAAAAACCCAAGCCUUCUAAAAGAGUAAUAGCAGUACCUUUUAAUUUUUGUGCUGGCCACUGAAUAGGGGAAGCCCCCUCCAUUGAGAUGCUAAUGUAAGAUAAGACACCAUGUUUUCCUGGCCCUUUGCCUGUCAAAAGGGAUCUGCAGCAAGGGCUGUGGUGUCUGCUCAGCAGGUGAUAUUUUCCUGCGUUGGGCCAUUGGGAAAUCCCCCAAACCAGUCAGUGAAGACAGGUCAUCUAUCAGUGAGUAUGUCCAUGCAAAACCAUUGAUUUUCUCAUUUUCGCUGGCCAAUUAAUGAUGCAGAAUCAGUGGGGGGGACUGAAUUAUCCCAGAUCCUCAUCUUGCCCCAACAGCCCAACUUUGACAGGUGGGCAGGACCCUAUUUGUCUCGUUGCCCCUUGAUUUUUAGCCUCUUACAGCACUGUGGCUUAAUGCAAACUGAUGCUUUGCCUGCAUUGCCUCCAACUUAACUCAGACCGCCCAGACUGCACUGACGGAAGGAUUUCGUUCAACUUUUUCUCUCACUUGAAAAACGUGAAGGAAGUCUACAUCACCUCUGAAGUGGACAGGAAAAGCAAAUCUGUGAAAGGGCAGGUACAUCGGUUUCUCCUUUUUGGCCCCAGCAAAGUUUCCCAUGAUAUAUUCAUUUAUAAUACGCAUCUUAAUAAAUGGACACAUCUCUCAUUAACAAAUGUAUUCCUUUUCCUCAUUGUCCUCAUUCCUAAUCAUGUGCCAGUUCAUAAACAGGGUUACUUAUCUUCUCAGAGUCCAUGGCCACGAUCCAAAACAUGAGUGUACUUAAAUCCUGCUGAAACAAAUCAGAGUUAAUUGCUCCAGUCCCACGUAUUUCUCUGGAUUGCACUCAUAUGUUUGUGAAAGGUGCAGAAUCCAGUCUCUAGCCCAGAAUCUAAUUUUUUUUUAAAAAAUGCAAAAUGUUAUAGAGAGAAAUUUCAAAACAUGCAAGCCCAAUAUGCAAAAGGCUUCAGUGACUGAUGGGGUCCAGGUAGGAUCUCCUGCCUAGGCUUGCCGAAACACCUUCACUUUUCCAAGCAUCAAAACUGUUAUAAAACCUCAAAUAUUGCUGCCAAAAUAAACCAUGCAAAUUUAGCUAGCUAUAUUUUCCAAGAAAGCUCUCUUAAGCAAGCUGAGAGAUCAUAAAUUUUAGUACGUGUUGCGUAACUUGGUCCAAAUAAGAUCAUAGGCAUAAAUUAUAUUUAGUUUCAUCAUUUUGUGCCUGGGUAGGAACAUAAUCUUCUCUGGCAUACAAAUUCAAUGGUUUUGGUGGGGCAGAGGAGGGCAAGUGGGGAAGAUGCCAACUCUGGUUUACUGACUUCGAAGAACAUAGCAUGAAUCCUCUGUAAUCAGUGGAGGAUGCACUUUAUUGCCCUUAAUAUCUGUGCUAGGAGGAACAAGGGGAAAUGGCGGAAGGACCCUGAGGGACAGGCAGGGAAGUAAAGAUCACCCAAGGUGAGAGACUGGGAAAAGAGAGGAGAGCUCCCAGGCGUCUUUGUGGCUGGCUGGGAUUAAGAGUUACUUCGGAUAGAGGGAAGAUUCUGUAUUUGUGCACCAUUUUUGAAUUUUAAAUAUCCUGCUGCUGAUUUUCUCCUCCCUUAUUUUUGUUAUGCUGCAGCGGUUAAGAGAAUCUGUAUUGUAUGUGGAUCUGUAGUCUAUGAUGUGUUUCCUAUUAUUAUAAUUGCAUUUUUGUAACUUUCUGAUCUUUUAAGGUUUCCUUUUACCGAGGUGCUGUUCCAGAUGACAUUCCUGAAGAGGUUACCAAGAGGAGGAAAGGCCCUGAUUCCCAUUGGCUAGCCACCUUGCCAAUCAAGCUACCCGUAAGUUGCCUAAGAUCCCUGGAUCAGUCCCCAACAUCUCCACAUAGGGCUGAAAAUGUCUCUUGCCUGAAGCCCUGGAGAGCCACUGCCAGACAAUGGAGACAGCACUGAAGUAGAUGGAUCAAUAGACUGACUCAAUAUAUAGUAGCUUUCUAUGUUCCUAAGUGGAGAGAUAAUUGUGGCAGGUUCGAUUGCUGUGUUGCUGGUUUUUCUUGGCCCAUGAAUAAUAGACAUAUGUGGUUUUUUUAUUCUGUUUUGGCAGAAAUUGAAAUCCCAGGGGAAGGAGCAGCCUACAACCCCAAAUGGCUUUUCUCUUCCCCCUCUGAAUUUGGGGAAUGCUGAAACUGGCUACUUGACCCAGGCCAACCUACUUGCCAUUGCUGGGCGUGUUGGAGCUGAUUGGCCAACGAUUGGCUUAAACCUGGGUUUGUCUUACCAGGAGGUAGAGCAGAUACGAUACAAUUACAGGUGAGUGAGGCUGAAUCUAGCCCUAAGGUGGCAAAAACACUGCCAAAACAGCCAAAUAAUGAUGGAGCAGGCUCAGUAGUUGCAGAAUAUUGAGCACCAGUUGAGAAAGAAAAAUGAAACACUAAUUAUUUUGACCGGAAGGCCGGGAGUCCUUGAGCUCCUUACCACAUAAUAUAACAGGAAUGGGAAACUCCAGAUGUUGGUGGUAUUCAGCUCCAGCCAGUACAGCCUGUGGUCAGAGAUGAAGGAAGUUGUUGUGUAGCAACAUCUGAAGAACUUUGCUAGCAUAUAGCAACAGCCUAGAGGGGAGGGUGUGACUGGCUGGCACCCCGAACAAGAGCACUCCAACACUUGGUAGCAGGUCUUAGAUGCUUCUCAUUUUUUUCUUGCAGAAGUUGUUUUGUCUCCCUCUCUCCAAACCUCAGAGAAUGCUGGAAAGCGAAAGCUGGGAUUUGCAAAAUAUUGGGGCGGCUGGCAAUAGAUGGGUGGAGGCCAGGACUGAAAGAAGUGAGGGGCUGGAACUUUUGAUGAGUGCAAAAUCCAAAACCAGAAUCCUUCUGGUCUUUAGACAAUUAUAGAAAAUGUCUGUGAGCUUCCAUGUCCCUUCCUCUGCCCCAUAAGGACUGAAGCUUGUUUUUAAAACACGUGUGAUUUCUCAGGUGGUGCUAAAUUAGGCAGAAGAACCUGCAGCUUUGAUCAUGCCGACCUUUCUGUUUCCGUGUCCCCUGCUCUACGAAGGCAGUUGGUAGGCUUCUGGAGAAGUGGUUGGGUUGCUGCCUAAUCUGAAAUUUAUUUUUCCAACGGUUGCUAAUGAAACAGGUCUUAGGAUUUUAUUGUUUUAUACUUUGUGUGUUUCGAACUAUUGUAAGCUGCCUGGAGCAAAUGAAAAGGCAUAUUGUAAAAUAUUUCAAGGAGACUCACCAUUGUGUGAUGCGCCAUCUGUAUUUUCCAGAGACGACCUCGGGGCUCAGGUUCUGCAUAUGCUCUUCUCUUGGGCUCAGCAAAAUGAAAAACACCCCGACUGUGUCGACAAGCUGAUCAGUGCCAUGAAGGAGAGCGGCCGCCAAGACAUAGCAGAUGAGAUCUCAGCCAUCAUUGCACUGGGAAGGCAAAAGUACAGGGAGUCCAUCAGGAGAGUGGGUCUAGACCAGGAGAGCAGCACCGAAGACUCUGCCAUUGCCAUGGUGUAGCUGCCAGCAAGAGGCCUCCGUUGCCUUGCUGUGGCUUGCAUUGGGCAGGCAGGAACCAGGCAAAGGACGGGCAGUGGAUCCGUGAAGGACCUGAGGCUGAGGACUGUUGACAACAUGCAUCUAGCCCCAAGUACUAAUGCUUGGUCUCAUGUCAAGCCCCCAGAUGUUCUCACCCAGGGCUGCUAGAAUGAGACUGACCUGCCGAACAUUAAUGACGCAGAGACAUGCUGAGCCCUAAAUGUUGCCAGUUUGGUGACUUAUUUAUUUCAUGUCCAUCACUACUCCUAUAAGGGGUAGAUCUGUUGUUAAAUUCAAGAUGGUUUCUGUGGGUGUCACCAUGUCCUCAGACACCCUCCUUGGUUCUUGGCAAGGCCUCCUGCCUCUCCUAAAUUGCAUUCCGAUUCUUCCAUGGGGCUCAGCUAUCUGAGCACUUCCCCACCCUGUAUGCUUGUGGGCCCCACAAUGGGGUGCUUGGCCUACUUUUUUGCUUGGCCAAUAGUUUGGUGUGUGUGUUGCCUGCUUUUUUGGGUUGGGUGUUGCCUACUUUGUCUCCAUUUUUAUUUUGUUUUUUGGGGGUGGCAAUUGGUAUUUUGCCUCAUGUUUUGAGGGGGAGGUUUCCUGAGCAUUGGCAGUUUUUCUUCUGUGGAAUGGAUAUUUUGUGGAACCCGUAGAAUAAAUUCCACGUUGUUCUAAGAAGCUUGUUCUCUCAGCACAAGCGCUUCCUCUUGCCUGAUGGAAUCUCCUCUCUCCUCCCCUAUCUGCUGUUUCUGGGGAUUCUCCUUACCCAAUUGGGCAGGGGCAUGGGUAAGGAGAGGAAAGCCUCAUUGUGCUAACAGAAGUCCUUGUGUGGGCUUCUGGUAGCAGGACCAGUUAGUUAAAUCUGGCAUCAUGACAUUUUCUUGGACUUCCAAAUGCACCCCUUGGCCCCAGAAAGGUUGGAGGGCCUUGCUCAGAGAAGAUUCUCUUGUAUUCCCCCCAACAUGCAUGGCUUUAGAUUUUAUUUUAAUAACUGAAGGAUCAUGGGAUUUGGGAGUGGGAACCAGGAAAAGUGACAUGUGCCUGCUAUCUGCUAUCAGACGUUACAUCUGGUUCACUUGGGGAAGGACUCUGGGCCUACUACUGACACUCCCAGUUGGGGGAACUGUUGCUAUGCCUUGUUAUUAACUGCCAGUUUCUUCUGGUCUCGGCUGCUAUCUCUCAACCUAGCCUACCUCACAGGAUUGUUGUGAGGAUGAAAUGCGAAAGCAUUGAGCUGCUUGGAGGAAAAAGGCAGGACACCAAUGAAAUAAAAACAAAAUUCAAACCUUCACGUUGUCACUGGUCAUAAGUGUGGGAUGCAUGGCUGUUUGAGAAGGAUAGGUUUCAGCAACCCUCACCUCUCAGUACCUAUGCCUCUGGACCUUCGGGGACAUGCUACCAGCGGCGUAGCGUGGGUUGUCAGCACCCGGGGCAAGGCAAG